GCUUUUUACCCUGGACCUUUGGCCGGGCAGCCACUAGAACCUCCGCGCGUCCUGCGGGCUGCAGCCUUUUCAAUCCGGGAGGCAAAAGCGACAUGGCGGCGGCCAAGACCGAGAACCUCUCCCUGGUGGUACACGGACCCGGGGACCUGCGCCUGGAGAACCAUCCUAUCCCUGAACCAGGCCCAAAUGAGGUGCUGCUGAGGAUGCAUUCCGUUGGGAUCUGUGGCUCAGAUGUCCACUACUGGCAGCAUGGUCGAAUUGGAGAUUUUAUUGUGAAAAAGCCAAUGGUGCUGGGCCAUGAAGCUUCAGGAACAGUCGUAAAAGUGGGAUCAUUGGUAACACACCUACAACCAGGUGAUCGUGUUGCCAUCGAGCCUGGUGCUCCCAGAGAAACCGAUGAAUUCUGCAAGAUUGGCAGAUACAACCUGUCACCAUCCAUCUUCUUCUGUGCCACGCCCCCGGAUAAUGGGAACCUCUGCAGGUUCUACAAGCACAACGCCAACUUCUGCUACAAGCUUCCUGACAAUGUCACCUUUGAGGAAGGGGCCCUGAUUGAGCCACUGUCUGUGGGGAUCCAUGCCUGCCGACGAGGUGGAGUCACCCUGGGAAACAAGGUCCUUGUGUGUGGAGCUGGGCCAAUUGGACUGGUCAAUUUGCUUGUGGCCAAGGCAAUGGGUGCGGCUCAAGUGGUGGUGACUGAUCUGUCUGCCUCUCGGUUGUCUAAAGCCAAGGAAGUUGGGGCUGACUUCGUCCUGCAGAUCUCCAAGGAGAGCCCUCAGGAAAUUGCCAGUAAAGUGGAAGGUCUCCUGGGGUGCAAGCCAGAAGUCACCAUCGAGUGCACUGGGGCAGACACUGCCAUUCAGACGGGCAUCUACGCAACUUGUCCUGGUGGGACCCUGGUGCUGGUAGGACUGAGUUCUGACAUGACCACGGUGCCCCUACUGCAUGCAGCCACCCGGGAACUGGAUAUCAAGGGCGUGUUUCGAUACUGCAACACAUGGCCGGUGGCGAUUUCAAUGCUUGCAUCCAAGUCUGUGAAUGUAAAAUCCUUAGUGACCCAUAGAUUUCCUCUGGAGAAAGCUUUGGAGGCCUUUGAAGCAUCCAAAAAGGGAUUGGGAUUGAAAGUCAUGAUCAAGUGCGACCCCAACAACCAGGAUCCUUGAUGUUAGUUGGGCUCUGCCCUCAUUCCGACCCUCUCAGCAUCUCGGGGCUAAAUAGCUGGGCAAGGGCAGGCUUUAAACAGAAGUUUCUUUUAAUUAGCAAGAACAAUUAAAAUGAUUCAUUACAAGCAGAGAGCCUUCACAGCCAAGUUGGUGCACCUUGGAAACACAACUAGGGACAGUUUUGGGGGAACUUGUAGCGAGAUUGACCUGUUCAUGCUGAGCAAAGUUCAGCAAGUGGAGCAGAGCUUCUCGACAGGCAGGUGAGGGAAACUCCCCUUCUUCCUGGAGUGCCUGAGUUGAAUAAGGGAUGAAAAUCUGUUGAGUUCCUGGUUCCACUAUGACUAUGGCCAGGCCAGGUGGGGGAUGGGGCCUGAGUUAUGAAGAGACAACUUUAUCAAGAAGACUUAACCUGCCCAGAAACAGAUUUUCAUGAAAAUCUGUAGCUCGGGGUCUGAGAUGAGGGGCUGUCAGCCGUUUUAGUUUAAAACACAGUGUUUCUAGAUAUGGGUGUUCCUUGAUUUGAUGGCUAAAGGAGAAUAAGACACUGAGCUUCCUGUGUCUAGGGUAAUUAUAAAAUCAAAAACAAACAAACAAGUAACAUCAAAAUCCCUUAUGAGGUCAAAGAGCUUGCAUUCCCCAGCUGUAGAAAUAGGGAACUUCUCAACACUGCUUGAAGAAUGCCUCUUUUUCAACCCCUGAGAAUUCUGUGUAAUUUAUUUGCACCCUCUUAAUACCCUCUACUCCACCCUUCCUUCCACUGUUCAGAGGCAGCCACUGCGUGCUUCUUUGUCACUAGGCAACCAGGAGACACACCUACCUAAGGAUAGUCAGGAGGAGUCCUCGCGGGAGACCUUAAGUUAAACCUUGCCAUUGAUCAGCCCCAGCGGGUUUGGUCCAUGCACCACAGAAUAGCAUCUGCUUCUAGGCCCAGACUUAUGCUUGAUUAUUAUACAACGCCAUGUAACUCCGGUAACCCUAAACAGAAAACCGUUCCCCUUCUCAUAGCCAGUUAAGACUCUUGGUAUCAUUCUGUCUGAAUGGUAUCUCUAAAUUGUGAUGUUAUUUUAAUUUUACUGUGUAAGGGUUGGGUCCAAUCACAUUAUGUUGAUCUGUGACUUUAAGAUUAUUAGUCAAGAAUGAGGAUGUAGUAGCUGCAACAUAAGCAAGGCUGCAGGCUUUCAUUCCUUCACCUCAGCCUGGCGUGGAGGGUGGCUUAGAAGAAGUUCUUGUGACCAGGGGAGGCUGUGACCAGUGCCUGGAAUUCCUCAAACUGCCUUGGGUAAUAAAUUCUGCUUGUAGUGCCUGGCUGCCGGCGUGAUUUGUGCC